AUGCCUAACCCUAUUUUCAGCAAGUGCGAUGUCAUAGUUCAGGGUUCAACCUUAAAAUCACGUGUCGAGAAGCGCAGUCGAAAAGAUGUGUCAUCAGCGCAAGCGAGAGCUAAGGAUUUCCCAACCGAUCCUUUGCCACCAUUCGUGAAAACACAUCCAUCUGGACCAUUACCACAUUUGGCUGGUCCUGAAUUGCCAGUUAUCAAGAAUACUCCACUAGCUCCAGAAGCUCCAGCAAAACAUUCGGAACUACCUCCUCAAGUCAUUGCCGCUAUUCCCUCUAUUCAUCCCAAAUCCAAGGAAUCGCCGGAGAACUCCAUCGCUCCUCAUAGUCAGCAAAACCGGGACCAGGACCAUGGUGAUUUAAAACCGGCGCCCAUCGAUGCGGUCGUUGUUCAUCAAGGCGGAAAGGUGGAACUUCCAGCAGAAACGGCAACGUUGAAGUGUUCGGCAUGCCUGGAGACUGGAAUCACGGAUCCGACAGCCGAUUGUGGUUCUAGUGCUCCUGCAAAUUGCGCUGCUCACGAGAACUUCUGUAUGACCAGGCAAAUUCAGAACCAAGGC